UGUUCUCUCUGACUUUGAGCACUUUUCUGUGCUCGUCAACCUCUUAAAAUGGGACGUUCUGUGGUUUAUUUGUGCCUUCACAGCAAGGCACGCCAUUUGGUGUGCAUGGGUAUCAGCUCCUGACUGAAAGCUGGGAAAUAUUUUAUACAUUUUAUACUAAUUUACUAACUUUUUAGAGUUCUAAUUUAACAUUAAACUAACAAGACUAUCUGCCUAUAGAGACCGCUACACGAGUAAGAAGAAACGGACAAGAACAGGUCUCGGGAUUACAAUGAACAUUCAGUCUGCGAUCAACAAAGAGGUCUUCAUCCCUCGUGAUGAGCGGCUGUUGGUUGCAGUGGAAGUGCAGAGGAGGAAAAGGAAGAGGAUGUCUUUCCUGCCUACUGGAGCCAAAGCAGACUACACCACAUUCAUCUGUGUUUCAGUGACCAACAAAAGGCCACAUCAGCUUUUCAUUACAAAGGUGAAGCAGUUUGGUGGCUCCUCCUCCUUCACCAGAAGGUCCCAGUGGAUGGUGGAGCAGCUCCGACAGGUCAACGGCAUCAACCCCAACAAGGACAGUCCAGAGUUUGACCUGGUGUUUGACAAUGCGACAGACCAGUGGGUCGCCAGCUCAUCAGCAGACAAGUGUAUCUUGGUCCAGAUCCUGUACCAUGCCUGCCAGACCUACUGGGAAGGGAAAGCAGGGAACCUCGGCAAGGUGACCAGCCAGAGGAGAGCAAGCCGUAGUCACCAACAUCAGGAGGCUGGAGCUGGUACCAGAGACUCCUCAACCGGUUCUGCAUCCAGAACCCUGCAGGCCCGACGGAAGAGCUACAUUCCUCCCAGACAGACAGAGUUCAUCAACUGUCAGUCUAAACUUACAGGAGAAGCCUGCACCAUGAACCUGGUCAUCUACCGCUGCAAAGCCUUCUUGAAUCGCAUGAAGAAUAUGAUGGUUGCAAACCCAACUCACUCACCUGCUCGAGGUCAUCCAAGGCAGCAUGUGGGUAAGGGAAGCACUAUGGGUAGUGUGGUCCACAGGGUCAAUGUGGCUCUGGGGGAGCGUGGGGACCGGCUAACUCAUGUUGAGGACAAGACUGUGGUACUGAUGCAGAAAGCCAGUCAGUUUGCAGACACUGCUCACAAGCUGGCCUUAAAGUAUUCAAAGUAGAGUCUGUUGGAGGAAGAAUGGAAAUCUUCAGUAUGCUAAAGAUGAUUUCUGUAACAUGGACAUUAACACUGUCUGAUGACAUCUGGACCUUGCAGAUACAGCUAAAUCCUAAUAAAAGUACAUGCCUGGGUGAAGCAGAGAGACCUACAUACUCCGUCCUUGUGAUCUUUGAGGAUCAUCUGUAUUGUGUUUGAUGUGAAUGUUUUGCCUGUCGUCAAAUUAAUCUCAUGUGCAUUAUGAGAAAAAGACAGCUGGACUUGUAUAUUUACAGUUUUUUCAUUGCUAACAUGUAUUGGUUGAAUAUGAAGUAACAUUGUAACAUUGUCAAAACUCUUCACACAGUCAACAGAACAGCAAUGCUGUGUGGACAAAACUGUGAAUCACUUUUCUCAAGGCCAGAUUAACUGUUGAGAUAAGAUGCAUGUCCAUGAUGCAGACUGUUUGAAGCCUUUUUUUAAAAAAGGAAUGGCAUUUUUUUUUUUGGCACAUACCUGUAAUUUAGACCUAACUGAAAUGUUUGAUUUGACGUGAUUCACUACUUGUUGCCAUCAUUCUGUGUUCCCUAUGUGUAUGGGUGAGACUGUCUCUGUGUGUGCAGUAUAUAUGUUGUCGUGUCAAAAAAUGUCUUACAUCCAUGUUUAAACCAGUGUGUCUUCAUCAAACUACUUUAUAUCUUGUCUACUGUAAUCCGUCUUUUGGUCUAUGCAUGUCGUCAUGUUUAAGUGAAAAUGAAACUUGUUUGUGCAGAAAAGUAAAGGUCACAGAAGGUGAACAUUUUGACUUUGUAAGCUUUUAAAUUCUCUAUUUUUGCAUCACUUCUUUCAGUAAUUUGUUGUAAUGCUAUUUGAAACAGUUGGUGGAGUAUAUAACCCCACUAAGUAUAAUCCAAGUUGGACUUGCAAGUACUUUGAUACAUUAUUGAAACCAACGAAAGUAAUUCUGACCAUGUGUUUCUUUAUGAUUUGGCGAUGAUUUUGGCUACAGUCGAAUGUGUGUGAUGUAAUUGUCUCUAAUGUAUUAACGUAGUGAUGAUAUCCCACUCCUCUCUUUGGACCAAUUAAAUAAGCCUGGAUCUGUA